UUAUUGCGUAAAAAGCUCUUGUGUUAGACCAUAUUUUCAAUUUUGUUUAUUUCAGAAAAUAGGGGAUAAGAAGAAAGGGGCGGGAAUUGAUCCUGAAGACUUACAACAAAUUGAAAGGGAAUAUCGAGGGGUUUGGAGGAAUUAAAGGGAAUGGAGUUUUCUACUAUAAAUUUGAAUGAUUUUGAUUUAAUUUUUUCAAUUUUAGGCCGUUAUAAUGUUCUAGACGAUCCAAUGUCAUCAAACGUUCUUAAUCCUGGUUUUGGUAACAAUCGUAUCUGCAUGAAUUGUGGACGGUCAUUUCAGUCAGGCUCCAAUUUUGAAUUUGAUGGUGGUAGCGCUUAUAUGUGA